UCGAUUUCUCCCACCUGUUCAAUUGCAGUUUGUUUUCCCCAAAAGCAGUACAGUUACCUAACCCUGAGUUCCUCUUCCGAAUGCGGUGGACCCGUGGUUUCACCCAUUCCUCGUCCGCCCCCUCUUGUUAGAUCAACACGUCACCUUCAACCCACAGUGCACAAUAGAGACGCACCUCGCCUGCUUCACCAGCGCAGUCUUUGUUGGUGCACUGAGUAGAGAGAGGAGACUUGUCACUGAUGCUCAUCAACCCCUGUACAUGCGCAGUCCCUUUCAGUUGUUUAAGACCCAGAUCCUAUAAGAAGAAAUGGUGACUGGAGGGAGUCAUCAAGAAGAUGGGGAGAAGAACCCAGCAACCGUUUCUAAGGGAGGAGCUACAAGGUCCUGGGGCACCACGGUUUCGGGCCAGUCAGUGUCUACAAGUGGAAGCGUGGGGUCGCCGUCGAGCCGGAGCGAGGCCGCAUUGGCAACACCGGCGAGCGAAAACACUUUUCUUAGAUUAAACCAUCUUGACAUUCACGGUGAUGAUGCCGGAUCUCAAGGGGCCGCUAACAGGAAGAAGAAAAGAGGUCAACGGGCAGUUGGGGGGGAUAAGAGUGGUAGGGGACUUCGUCAAUUCAGUAUGAAAGUUUGUGAGAAAGUGGAAAGCAAGGGAAGGACCACUUAUAACGAGGUCGCAGAUGAACUGGUAGCUGAAUUUGCUGAUCCUAGCAAUAGUCUUACAUCUCCAGAUCAGCAACAAUAUGAUGAGAAAAACAUAAGGAGGAGAGUAUAUGAUGCCCUGAACGUUCUAAUGGCUAUGGAUAUCAUAUCGAAGGAUAAAAAAGAAAUACAAUGGAAGGGUCUGCCUCGCACUAGUCUAAAUGACAUUGAAGAAUUAAAGACAGACCGCAUUGGACUGAGGGGUAGGAUUGAGAAGAAAGCUGCCUAUUUGCAAGAACUGGAGGAACAAUUUGUAGGUCUUCAGAACCUGAUACAGCGGAAUGAGCAAUUAUACAGUUCAGGAAAUGCUCCCAGCGGGGGUGUGGCCUUGCCUUUUAUUCUGGUCCAGACACGCCCUCAUGCAACUGUUGAGGUGGAAAUAUCAGAAGAUAUGCAGCUGGUGCAUUUCGACUUUAACAGCACCCCUUUUGAGCUCCAUGAUGACAAUUAUGUUCUCAAGGCAAUGAAAUUUUGUGAAAGACCACAGGGUGACGAUGUAACACAUGAUUUCCCUGCUGAUGGAGAAGGGUCCAGUAUGCCUGGCAUGUACCAAUCCCAAAUCCCUCAUUCCUCACGGUCAAGCACACUGGGUAGACCUCCAACCUCCCCACCUCUGCCUGGAAUAUUAAAAGCACGCGUCAAGCAUGAGCACUAACUCACUAGUUUCCGGCUUGAUCACAUUAUGGGCAAUAAUAUCAUAUUUGUAAAUUGUGUAAAGUAUAUUUUGCCAAAGUGGGGGUAGGAGCCCUCAAGAUCUUACUCACCUCUAUAGUUUUUGCCCUGAUUUCAAGGAUUUGAAGGAAAUGAGCAGAUCAUUCCCUUUGUUUGUAGACAUUCAUGGGGUUCUGGUUCUGGCAAUUUCUCUGCUUUACAUAUAUCCGUGAUCGGUCCUGUAAUUGUUUAAUCCUAUAUUUUGGUGAUUUUUGGUCUCAUUGUAGUAGAAACUAGGAAGUGAUGUUUAUUUGUAUGGGUUGAUAGAGGGUAGUCCUACUGCAUACAGAAUCAGGGGAUCAAGUCAAUAUUCGGACCAUCCCCUGUAUUGCAUACUGCUUUUAUGUCAUACUCACUCUAAUGGCAACAUUCAACUUUUAAUCA